UAGGGCAUGCAGUGUACAUAAAGACUCAGUUAUCUGGGGAUAGAUGCCAGACUAUUAUCUGAAAGAAGAAGGCUGAGCCAACAGGAUAAAGAGAAUAGAGCAUGAAAGAGUAUUUGCUUCCUGUGACUUGGCACCUUUAGGCUCAGGCUCUGCACUGUGUCACAUGAGUUUCUCCUAGACAAAUAAAGGUCUGUGAUGCUAUGCAUGACGGGAAACAGGAGGGCUUUUUGAUGCAGUCUACUGGUCUGGUUCUGUGCUCUGUGAGGCAGAGACGAUAGGUCUAGAAUUUGGAGGCAUUAGGUUCUAAGAUCCUGAAAGUCUAGGAAGCCUAGAAAGGGGGAUGGCUAGUGAGGUUUAGAUUAUGUUGAGGCCUACCUUUAUUCUGUGGGAUGUUGCAUAUCCUCUUUACACUUAUGGUUCCAUCAUCAUUAUCCCAUUAAUUAUUUGGCAAGUGAGAAAGAAUCACCAAGAUUUAAGAUUGGGACCUAACAGGAGCUGCUGUAGACAUCACCAGAGAGUCAAACAAAGGGCUAAAGAUAAAACAUCAAGAGCUAGGAAACUUUCCCGGGAAGAAGCUGAGAAGCCGUGGGAGCUGCUCUCUGUCAUGAGAAGCCAGGGUUGGCUUCCUCAGGAGGGGAGCGUGCGGCAGCUGCUGUGUGCAGAUCCCUGCUGCCAAACCUGCAAUGCUGUGGCUCUGGAGAUUCAGCAGUUGCUAUCGGAAGCUGCAGAAGCUGGACUGGGAAAUAAGAUGAAGCAUUUUACACACUGGAUUAACCCCAAGGUGAAAGGUCAAUGGCAUAAGGAAUCCAUUCUCCUCUCUAAGGAUGAGAAGGUGGCCAAAACCAAGACAAAUGUUGAGAAGAGACCACCUCCCACCAAAUGCCCUGUGAAGGGAGCUCAGUCAGAGAAGGAGGAGGAAGACGUGGCCUUCUUUGAUGUCCUCCAGUGCCUAGACAGUGAGUUCCAGCGACACUCCCUUCAGUCCAGCCAAUCCUGGUUCCUGCGCCUUUCCUGCAACAGCUCCAAGCACUGUCCUCAGCUGACUUGUGCCACUCAGCCAGAAAAUCCAUCCCAUGUCUCAACUCUCACCUCAGCAGAAGGCACUUGUCUAUACAAGGAGAAUACCCAGUCCAGGAAAAAGGAGUUCAUAGGUUCCCAAACUUCUGCAUCCUCCUGAAGAAGGCUGUCAUCAUCAUUUCCAUUAAUAUGCAGGUGAGGCAGGGCCCUCUCCAAAUAUACUGUGUACCUCUAAGCAAAGAACCACCUGUUUGUGCCUCUUUGUUUUUAAUGUGAUAUGUGACGGAGAGAGUAGAGGAGGUAGAUUGUACUUCCCAUAUGGUAUGGGAGCUUAAACCCAUUUUACAAAUGGGCCAGCAUUCCACACAACUCUUUCAGCUCCACCCUGGACUGUGGAUAAAGGGACCUGAGCAGAGAAGGAAGACCCUCGUCUAAGAUGCAUUGGAGGUAAAGAUCAGGCUUGACUUCUGUCAUGGCUUCCUGUGUUGUCUUUGGGCCCCAGAGGAGCAAAGUGUGCAUGAUGUAGUACAAGAAGUAGUAGGCAAGAAUCCAGUGCACUUUUGGCCCACAGGCACAAUUCAUUGAUAACUUUUAUAUAUUCCCACAAUCCGGAGGGAAGGUUUUUAGAGGAGUGUUAACAGUGCUUCAUUCUUGAAGAGGUGCUUUGUGUUUGUCAAAGGCACAUAGCUAAUAUGAUAGAUGUCAGAAGCAAUUGAUAGAAUCUCCCCUCUCUGCACCCUGUUGUUAUUGAUUAGAUUUUAAGGGGUAACCCAUCUGGGAGCUUGCUGUAGCCCUGUUACCUGUUUGACCCCCCACUGCCUUUCAGCUGCAUGGAAUAAAUGCCUCCUAGAAUGAAAAUCAGUUGAUGAUAAUGUCUUCAAAGAGUCACAAUAAAAAUGACUUCGAGAGGCAUCUUGCAUUCAACAAUUAAAAUGUUUGAGUACUUACUGUGUGCCAGGAACUAUGCCAGACACAACAGUCACCUAGACACAGGCCUUGCCUCCAUGCAGAUCAUUAUCUUAUGGGGUAGACAGUCUCAUAUGCCCAA